CUAUUAUUACACACGUAAGCGGCAUUAUUAUGAUUUGGCAAGGAUUUGAGACUUAAACUAUAAAUUAUCGACAAAAUAGAGACAGAAACUGCAUAAAUGAAGCGUACAAUAUAACUUGAGUCUUCUGUUCAUAGCAAAGCUUAUAACUGUUAAUCAACACGACGAUUAAGUUACAGCAUUAUUAAUGGAAGACAUUUUAAAACAGCUUUUGUCUGAUGUCUCUUCAACAAAGCACACCAACAUCAAGCAAGCAUGCAGAACAGCAUUAGACAUUCUUAGCAACAAGAAUGAAGUUUCAAAGACUCCUGCUCAUUUAUUGAGGGAAAAAUGUCUAGAACCUUUCCAGUUAGCAAUUGAAUCCAAAUCUAAGAAAUUAGGCACACAUUCUUUACAUGGCAUUCAGAAAAUGUUGGAAGAUGAACGUUUUUGCUCUAGCAUUGAAACUGAAAGUGAAGAAUACUGGAUGCCAAUACAAGUUUUAAAUGCAGUAUUUUGUACACCAACAUUAUCCGAAGAAGUACAAGUAGAAGUUGUAAAGGUACUGUUGAACAUGACAUUUUCUGUCUCAUGGUGUAUGACAGGUGGAGUUAUAACUAGAGUUGCUCAGGUGUAUAUAGAUACAUUCAUGACCAGCUCUCAUAGUGUGAAGGGGGCUGUAGUAGCUGCCCUUACACAAGUGUUGGGUAGUUAUACUGACAAGUUUACACCAGUCAAGGGGGGAGAAGAAAUAAGUAAUGUGAUGGAUGAUUUUAACAGUAAAGCAAAUACUUUAUCAGAAGCCAGCUAUAAAGAAAUAGUAGCCGUUCUUAGAUUUUUUACAUCAAAGCUUGAACAAGCAUCAACUACAACAACACAGAUCAGAAACUCCGCUCCAUUGUUACUGGAGGGAAUAUAUACCAUACUAACAAAGAUACCACAUGAUAUCAGAUGUUACCAACCUUUCCAGGAAAUAUUAUGGAAAAGUCUUUGUCCUUCCUUAAUAUGUUUACUUGGAAACCCUAAAAUGGAAAAGAGUGCCCCAUCUCCUAAAAGUACAUCUGUUGAGGAUAUAGGAAGAGGAUCAGGCUGUUCAUCAUCAGCUCCUAGCCUACAAUUAUCUACAGCUAAAACAAUAUACAGCAUUGCUUUAUCAUUGGUGGAUUUAAUGGGAAGAACUGAGUCUAUGAGACCAGUUUUAGAGUCUGUGUUCCAUAGGAUGAUGUUGUACCCACCACCACAACAUCGGCUGGAUGCCCUAAAAGCUGUUAGAGAAACACUGAAAAGUCCCGGAGGUAUUUUUGGUCUUGCAUUACCUACAGAGGAUGUAAAUAAGAAAUCUAUCACCAAAAACCCAUUUACAGAUGUAUCUUUGAUUAAAUUAAUUGUAGACUCUAUACAGGAAAGUUGCCAUUGUAAUGAUACACAGGUGUGUAUUACAAGUGUAGCCUGUAUCAAUGAUAUGUUGGGAUCUCUAGAACAGAUCAGCCGUGGUGUUGGUGUCACAGACUCAAUAAGCCAGUGUAUUAACCAGCUAAAAGUCCUAUUAGGUACAGAAAGUAAUGGAACUACAAUGCACAGAGGUUCAGUGUCAGAGGAAAAUAUAGAGAGUCAAGACAUGUCAAUCGCUAUUGAUCCAGGGGAGUAUAGGAGAAAUUCACACAGCCCUCAACGUAGACAGACAGUUGAACAACAGAUUAUCCUACAGGAGGAGGUAGAGAGGAGAUACACUAAGUUUGGUAACCAGUAUGAAGUAACAGAACGACAGAAUGCUGGCGUUUACAUUGAUGCAUUAUGUAAAUUGUUACCAGAAUUGAUGGAGAUGUACUCAGAACAAGAUGUAGACGAAGCUUUACAGAAAUUCUCAUCCAAAUUUUGUUCUGAAAUAUUGAAAAACCAAACAGAAUUUGAUAGCGAAAUAGGUCACAUGACAGUAUUGAAUGCAGAUAGUGUUUAUGUAAUCACCAUGACAACAUUAUUGCUGAACAUGAAGUUAUCAACAGAGGGAUACUAUGAUAGUGAAAACAAAGAUAAAAUUAGCAUAACAGAGAAAGACUAUUUAGAUGACAUUUUUGGUUGUGGUUUGAUGCUGUUUGUUUCUCCAGCUUGGCUGAGUGAGGUUUAUAGCCAAACAAUAUCAAAUGAUUUUCUGAAGCAGUGUGGAUGUUUCAGCAAACUAGAAUCUCCUUUACUAUCUAUUAUAAAAGAUAUAGAUGGCCUUGGGAAUCAUGACAAAGGAGGACAACUCUUGACAAAGGUGCAGAAAUAUGAUAUGACAACUGAACCCUCAUCAGAAAAUAUAAAGCAUGUGGAAAUGGGGAGAAGAUUUUGUAGGCGAAUUUUGUCCAGAUGUUGGGAUAGUAUCUUGGAUGUUUUGUCAGUUCUUUUGAAUGGAAAGAAUUCCUGUGGCAUCACAAGCAGUAUAGCAUUAAUGCUAGGUACUGAGGGAGCUAAGGAAGAGAGCAUUAGAGCCAGAGAAGCUAUUUGUAUGAGUUUAGAAGGUUUACAGAAGGCAGCCAGGCUUUGUUGCCUAUUAGGAAUGCCACAGAGAUGUGGAAAUGUGUUCUCCCACUUGGCCACAACAUCUUGUGUGAUGUUACAUACUCCUAAGAGUCCAAUCCUGGAGAGAAAACUACCAACAUCAGUCAACAGUAAAGUAAAGCCAGUUAAACUUCAUGCAUCACAUGUACUCAGUAUGGAUGUAUUGAUGACAACAGGACUAGAGAUGGGAGGUCACUCCGCUGAUUGUUGGAAACACUUAUUUAGGUGUACAGCAUUUAUAUCAGAAUUAGAACACACUUAUUUCAGUCAGGGAAACAACCAAUCAAAUCUGCCAAAAUUACAACAGGGACAACCUAAUAUGGACACAGUUAAUGAUGAUGAUGAGUUUUAUGGUAUGCCAGUUACAGCAGCAACACCUGUAGCUCCUAGAAUUAAUAUUCCUGAGUUAAUAAAUCAGAGUAAAAUAGAGUCUGCUUGGGAGAGGUCACUUACUGGAGGGGGAAUGUUAAAUGCUGUUCAGGCUUCACAAGCAUUAUGUGGACUUUCUCAGCAAGUUGACAGGUUGUUUGAAGAAGCAGCAGAGAAGUUAAAUAUGUCUGCAUUGUUGGAGUUCUUAACAAAGCUUUGUGAAUCAAGUCAAGACCAGCUUCAUCAAAUGCUAAUGGAUGAGGAGGAUAAUGAAGAAUCAGUGGAACAGCCACAAUUACCCCAGAAUGCAUUGCAUUUGUAUAGACUACAGGAAGUUUUGAUGAAGAUAGUAAACAGCAACCGUCCUUUACUACAUCAGAUGAGAGUUUGGAGUGUAGUUUCAGCAUUUCUAGUUGAGGCUGCUGGACACAGAGUGAGAAAUGUAUCAAAAAUGGCAGUGACAUGUGUUCAUGACUUCAUACAGGCUAUGAUCAGUAAUCACCAAGAACUACCACACUUCCACAUCAAUGAAUUUCUAUGUAAAACUUUUGAGAACAUGUUAUGUCUGGAACUGUGUGAUGGAGAUGUUCAAGACCAGGUUGUAUGUUCUGUCUGUGAGUUGGUAGAAGCCUGUACUGCAGACUUAAAGUCUGGCUGGAGACCAUUAUUUGGUGCUUUGAGAGCUGUUAAGAUAGAACAUAGUCCUGAUGAAGAAAUCAAUGAAGUACGACAGAGACAUGUAGCUGCUGUAUUAGAUGUGUUUGAGGUUUUCCUCAACACUGACAAUAUAUUUGUGUUUGCCAAUGCUACUGUAGACUGUAUACUCUGCCUAUUGAAGUAUGUCAGAGGACCAGGUGACUAUGACAACGAUGAUUCGGAUGAUGACAGUGAUUCAGGAAGUGACUUCACUAUGAUAACUCAAGGUGAAAGUUUGUGUAUACCAGCUCUGGGUUACCUUAAGAAAUGUAAUAAUAUACUGCAAACAAUGUGGAAGAUGCCUGCAUGUCCUGUCUUUAAUGGUGCACAUAGAAUUAACUCACAUACCUCAAAUCAGUUUGUUGAUCCAGUACUGCCAAAUAUUGAUAUAGAGGACUUCAAAAGACAGUUUUCCCAGAAUUCCCAGUUAACAAAGGAAGAUAACUUUUGUGUCAACAAUAAGGACCUACAGAAACUUCAAGAAGAUGAGGAAAAGGAUUGCACUAGUCUGGAUUCUGUUGAUUCAGGAAUUACAUUAAAUAUUGAUAAUCAGAAAAAUGAAUCUGAGAGCAUAAUUGAAAAUGAUGCAAGUAACAUUGUUAACAAACAGAAUACUCUUGAUGCAGUGACAACAGAUAAUAACCAGACAAAUAGCCCAGUGAAUACAAACCCAGCAGCCAACCAAGGCCUUACUAAAGUCUUCACCAGACAACAACAGUCUCCAGUAAAUGUGCAGAAAUCUAAGAAAGACAGUAGAAACAGUGAGAUACGAGUUGGUGAAUCUCUUGAAUCACUAGAUAAUGAGUCUGGUAUAUUACAUGUAUGGUUUCUGAUGAUUGAUGGAUUAGCUGGAUCAGUAGCCUGUUGUCCAAAGACGUAUCAGCCAGAGACAUUAGAUAUGUUGUUUGAUUUAUUGAGAUCAUUACAUGAUAUCCCAGGUCCUUUCUUUGCUUACUACUGUGUAAACCAUCUUUUGUUACCCAUGCUUCAGACCUGGUUAAGAUGUGGAGUACGGAAGGCAGGAUACUGGGAAGCAGGAGCAACUAAUUUUAAACAAUGUUGUGGUUUGACUGCUGAUUUGAUAGUAGAUUUUGUAAUAACUACAAAAGAUAAGGAUGAAACCAGUGUGUGUUUACGAGAGUUGAUGCUGAAACAAUUGUUAGAUAUACUAACAGAAUGUGUAGCACAGCCAGUCGAGAUAAUCUCCAGACUAGGGUGUUCUUGUAUAAGACAUGUAUUUUUGAGUGCUGGUGAAUCCUUCACAGAGGAGAUGUGGCAGAUAAGUGCUAUAGCUAUGGAAAAAGCUCUUGAUGUCACAACGUAUUACCUACAGGAACUCAUGUUUCUUUUCAAUGUCAACUCAGAGAAUUUCUAUGGUGACCUUGGUCAAGUUAAGGUUGCAAUGAGAAAGGACAGUACACCAACUGAAUGUGACAGACUAAGACAUCUAGCUCAGCAGGUAUUUUUAUUGGACACCCAGAUAAAGAGAGAUGUUGAUUCUGAAUCAGAAAGUGAAGCAGACAAAUCCUUUGUAUUCUUGUUGUAUAAACCUGGAGAUGAAAACAGUCUCAAUCCUGAUGACAUUGUUACCAGGAUUCCGUUCAGGAAUAUUGUUAUAGGAUUGCUGUCGAAUCAGCUACUGUUACAGACGGUUGGAAGCAUUUUACUUUGUGCAGAGAACACAUCUGGACGCAAGGCUAAUGAGAGUAAUAAAGGUCUGCUUCCUAGUCUAUCCAUACGUAAUAUUAUCAAAUUUCUGCAGUGUUUAAGACAGUCAUAUAAGCUUGCUGCAGAAUUUGAUUCUCGUCCUGGUCUUAAGUUUCUGAUACAGAAAGUAGCUCGGACAGAAGUGGCAGUUAAUUUAUACAAGCAGGCAGGGGCAUCAAUGAUCUUCUAUCUACACACGUUACUACAGAUUUGUAUUACUAUACCUGAUCUGAGUAGUAACCACAUUAAAUGUAUCACUGGUGCUGAACAGGUGGUUAAGGAUGUUAAUCAAUUAGAAUCAGAAUACUUGACAAAUCAAAGCAAGAUGGAGUCAUGUCCAACAUUAUUUCUGCAAUUACUGAGGAGCGUCUGUGAUGAACUUUGUCACACCUACGUAGAUAUUCUGUCAGAUGAGACGUCUGUUCGUGUAGACCAAAUGUCAGAACAACAAGUUUUUUUCAUCAUAGCACAACCUGAUGACUUCUCAACAAAUUUUGUAAAGAACAAAAAGAAGUCCCGGUCAGAAUCUGAGACAUCACAAGAUUGUAUAGUGACCACUAAAGAUGUGACAUUACAAGAGAUCUGUGAGACUACAGAUGUUUUCUCUGAAAAGAUGAAAGAUGACAGCUCUGACACUAUGUCUGUUAUGUCUAAAAAUCCUACAAAGAGUAAACGAGAAUUGAGAGAAGAACAUGAAAGUAAAGUCUACACACUAGCUACUGAUACACUCAUCAAAUCACUGAUGACAGAGUAUAAAAAACGUAAACAACAUCACGCCAUGCCAGCAUUUAUCAAAAUAUCCAAGGAGAAGAAGCCAAAACCAAUCAUAAAAAGGACAGAAAGUGUGGAUGAGUCAAUUGCUAAGCAGAGGAAAUCAUCUAUAAUGAAGGACAGUGAAGCUAGAAUUCAGUCUUGGACGGAGUUACUUUGUACUACUUUAGGACUGUUCCAGCAGCAACCAGAUGGCAAAUUCAGACUUCUUCAACCUGCUAUAUUUUACUGUGUAAAUCAGUUAGUAUGCCAUGCAGAAGACAGACGUCUACGUGAAGCAUUAGGACAAUGGGUGCAUCGUAUUGGUGUAAUGAUUGACUGUAUCACAUGAAAUAAAUAGUCCUUUAGUUUCAAUACCAUGCAGAAAAUUGGUCAUUGUUAGCAAUGCUGUUAAAGUCUGUAUCAAAUUUUGAGAUUUAUCUUUAUUUUGCAUGUAUAAGAUUUAUUUUCUUAAGAAAAUGUGCUGCUCUAUAUUCCAUAAAAUGAUUUCUAUAUAACAUAAGGCAUGAUUUAGAGUAUUUUCUACCAUUUCUUUUACAGGAGUAAGUUAAGCUUCUUCUGGCCUUUAACAGGUGAUUAUAAGAAGUGUGUUUCAAGGUGUUUUGAUUUUUGAAUGAAUUACUGUUGUCGUGUCAUUUCAACAGAUGUUACUUCAUGUCUUCUCUGAUAAUUUUUCAAAGGAGAUGAUAAAAUUGGGUUUAAAUUAGCCAUGAAAGUAAGAAAAAAAUAUUUUCUUCUCUGAAUUUCAGAAUUAAAUGUUGAGUCUUUGCAAUUCUAGAUGAUACUGCAUUUAUUUAAUAAAAGCUUUUAUUGGGUCAUUUAGACAUGAGAUGACAUUUGGAUAAGUUAAAUGGUCACUGUACAAGCAAGACUCUCAUGCAUAGUCAAGGUUGUUAAAAAUCACCCUCAUCAUCAAAUCAAACUGUUUUACCCAAUCAUGAUGAGAAGUACAUACAUGGAUUAGAAAAUCCCUUGACCAAAAAAGAUAGGAAUGAUAAUUUGGGUAAACAGCAACUGGAAAAAAAAAUCAAUAUUAAUUUAGCUAAAAUAUUACAACAAUCUGCCUGAUGAAAUAUUUACAUUUUCUUGAACCUUAAAUUCUGAAAAAUAUAUAAUAGUAUGAAUUUUAUUUCUGAGCAUUUGCAUGACCUAUUAUUGCAAACCCUAUGAAGUUACAAAAGUUUAAAUGGACAGGUCACUUGCAGGUGAAUCUAUGGAAAACUAUCAUAGGGUUCACAAUAAAACUAAACAUUAUAUUCUCUGUAUAGGUUAACUGAAAAAUCCUCAACUGGACAAGUAUAAAUACUUAUUAUUUCAAGAAUGAUUUUAGGCUUAACAUAAUUGUUUGGUGGAAGUAGGUUCUAUUUUCAUUAAUGAAUCUCGAGUUAAUUAGGUUUUAGAUAAUAUGAAAAAAUUGCACAGCAUUAGAUACUACAUGUACUAGUGCUGUAUAGUGGUUAAUCUUACUUCAUAGGGGUAUAGAGCAAUACGUGUUCAUUAGUAAAUUUAGACAUUGCUCAAAUUAGGUAAAUAUACAACUCAAAUUUGAUCUUCAUUUAAUGCUUUAGCAAAUUAGCAUAUUAGCAAAUUGCAAUUUUUUUGGAAGACUCUUGAUUGCAGAAGCCAAAAGAAAAACAUAUUUGUGUAUAUGGUUUCCUUAUGAAAGGUUGGUGAAAUUAUAAAUUUGUCUGUGUUUGUACCAUACUGUUAUAUAUGAUAAGAUCCAUGAAUUCCAGUAAGAAAUUAUUUGUUAUUUAUUAUUGAAAUUAUUAAAACACUUGUUGAUUAUAUCAUUCCUUAUAUGUUAUAUUUAUUUAUUUAUUGUUAUAAAAUGUAUAAAUAUGUUGUUCUUAUAGCUUAAAAGUUGUGCAAUAGUAUUAAUUCCAAAUAUUUAGUGGGUAAUCUCUUUACAGAUCUUUAUUU